CCUGCACAGCGGAGGUGGUAGUGGUGGCCCUCGCCUGUCGUUCUGCUUGCGCUCGACCUCGCGGCCAUGGAGGGAUCCCAGGAGUUUCUGAGCGGGAAACUCCGGCUCUGCUUCACACCGGCUGCCCGGACCAGCCUCCUGCUUCUCAGACUCAACGAUGCGGCGCUGCGGGCGCUGCAGGAGUGUCAGCGGCUACAGGUUCGUCCAGUGAUCGCUUUCCAAGGCAACCGAGGGUAUCUGAGGCUCCCAGGUCCGCGCUGGUCCUGCCUUUUCUCCUUCAUAGUGUCCCAGUGUGGCCAGGAGUUCAGUAAUGGUGGUGGUGGCUUGGACCUUGUGUGCCAGCGGUUAGGCAGAUCUGGACCUAACCGCCUCCAUUGCCUGGGACCACUCAGGGAGCGCCUCACUAUUUGGGCAGCCAUGGAUUCUAUCCCAGCCCCAUCUUCAGUUCAGGAAUACAACCUGACAGAAGAUGCAAGAAAUCCUGAGAGUUGGCAUACUGUGGAAGACUAUUCUGAAGAAUCAGCAAUUUCACGGCCACAGAUGGCACUAGAAGAGGUGCCAGAUCCACUGACAAGCAGCCAAGGACAGUCACUCCCAGGAUCCUCAAGGGAACAUAUAGCACAAUGGGAAGUGAGGAGCCAUACAUAUCUUCCAAAUAGAGACCAGGAUCCGGUACUGCCUUCCUCUGCUAGCCAGAAACAUUUAGACAAGAAACGUUCAGCAUCUACAGCCACGAUAGAACAGAAAGAAAAGAGGCCCAGAACUCUGUCUCCAGCUCCAAGUCCCCUACAAGGGCUGCCCAAUCAAGAUCUGCAAGAAGAUUGGGAGCAAGAAGAUAAAGAUGAAGACAUGGGUCCCAGACUGGGGCAUAGUCCUUCAGUCCAAGCAGACUCUGAAUCCUCAAAUCCUGAAGAGGUACCAGAUUACCUUCUGCAAUACAGGGCCAUCCACAGUGCAGAGCAGCAACAUGCUUAUGAGCAGGACUUUGAGACAGACUAUGCUGAAUACCGCAUCCUGCAUGCUCGUGUUGGGGCUGCAAGCCAAAGGUUCAUAGAACUUGGAGCUGAGAUCAAGAGAGUGCAACGAGGAACUCCAGAACACAAAGUGCUAGAAGAAAAGAUAGUGCAGGAGUAUAAGAAGUUCAGGAAGGUAAGACAUGACUUGGGAAUGGUAGCUAAGAAGCUAGAAAUAGUGCAUUUUCAUAAAAAUUUCCUUUUUCUCUGCAGCGGUAUCCAGGUUACAGAGAAGAAAAGCGUCGCUGUGAGUACCUGCAUCAGAAAUUGGCUCACAUUAAAGGUCUCAUCCUGGAGUUCGAGGAAAAGAACAGGGGCAGUUGAAACUGUCUGGAGGCUUUUGACAAUCUGCGCAGUGAGCUACGAAGAACCAAGCAGCUAUAAGUGCAAUUGUUUGUCCUUUUUGCUGAGUCCAUGGUGGUCUAUAGGAAAGCUGCUCUAGGUUAAGGUUUUUUACUGAUGUCAUAGUUUAAUUUGCAGGAUUUGGGGAGAGUGCCCAGGAAAAGUAGCAGAGCCUAGGAUUCUCCGCCUUUAGUUUAGCCAAAUGAUUUUCAAAUCCUGAGAAAUGCUACCAUUUCUAGGCCAACAUACACCUUGAAGACAUUAGAUUAGAUUAAGUGUAUUUAGUUUGCUAACUUCCCUAGAGAAAGGAUAAAUUUUGGUGAGAGCAAAGGGAAUAUACCUGCAUAUAAUGGGAAGUCUUGGGUGUUACCCUUGUACUCGAAGUAUAUAAACAUGUAAAUACGGCUAAAAAUUUUAAAGCUGAUUGUUUCUGUGUCCUUUGUACAAGUUUAUAUGCUUUACUUAAAUUUUCCUAGGCGGUGUUUCAUAUACCUGAGCCACUGCUGGGCUUUCUAAAAAAUGAGACCUCUAGACCCUAACUCAAAUCUUAUGAAUCAAUCCCCAAGAUUAUGGUUUACUUAAGCUUCUUUACUUCUUCAAAGCACUAUAUGAUGAUCUUAAUAAAGAUUUUAUAAGCUCUACCAAAUCCCUUCGACAACUGACAAGCAGAGAUUAUAGUAGAAAUAGUUUUUUUUUUUCUAAACAUAGCCUGACAAAGAUCACCUGCAAAUUAGGGCUCUGACUGAACACUGUAAAUGUGGUCAGGAUUUGGAUUUAUUUACCACAAAAAAGGGGAAGUAGUUCAUUUGAACAAAAACAGACACCAAUUCUAGCCUUUUCAUUCCUCAUGGUUGCACAAGUGGAUGCUUCGCUCACAACCAGGUAUGACACUGCCUGUCCCAGUUCCACUGGAGAGGGAAGUUAAUAGGCCACACCUUGGGCUUUGGAAGAGCGCUGCAUCCAGCAGUGUCAGCAAUCCCUGAAACAACUUGGAUGAAGCCCCAAACCUGAUGCCACACCCUCAAAGGGCACUUCUGGGCAGAGAAUAGCCUUUAGGAGGCAUAAACAUGCUCAGCUGCAUGGCAAGGAUAAACAGCAACCCAUUCUAAGGGCAAGGGCGGGGCCCAAAAAACAGAAGCCAACAACGAAGGCCCCUCACCUGUUCUAAUUAUCAGGGUCCUAAACAUAAACAUGUAAGGAUAGAAAGAAAUGAGAUUUAGAAAGGAUUUGCUGGUACCUGGUUAGUUGGUAUAUAGUUGUACUGAACAACACUAGCCCUGCAAGGGACUAUUGAAUGAAAAUUUAAAAUACAGUUCACUAACUAUAUUUCAAAUAUUCAAUAGCCACAUAUUAGGACAAUGAGGAUUAUAGAACAUUUCCAUCAUUGUAGCAAGUUCUACUGGACAGUGUUAGUUUAGUUUAGAGAACCAACCUUUGGUUCUCCAUAUCAUGGGAAAAAAGACAGUUUAAAGGGGGCUCAUUUAUUGUCACUGUUCCAAAUGUACAAAAAAAAUUAGAAAAUAACCCCCCAAUUCAACCCCCCACCCCCACAACACAU